AUGAAGUGGUUUGGGAUCCUCAGCCUGGUGGCCCUCUCAGAGUGCCUAGUCAUUAUCCCUCUAACGAAGGUGAAGACCAUGCGAGAGACGUUCGGAGAGAAAAACCUGCUGACAAAUUUCCUGGAUGACAACACUGACAACAGGGCCCAGAAUGUUGCUGAUGACAGAAAUACUACCCUUCACCCCCUGAAGAACCACCUGGAUCUGGCCUACAUGGGAAACAUCACCAUUGGAACACCCCCUCAGGAGUUCAGUGUUGUCUUCGACACCGGGUCAUCUGAUUUUUGGGUGCACUCCACCCGCUGUUACAGUCCCACAUGCCGUAAGCACAAGCUCUUUAACCCUCACUUGUCCACCACUUGCCGGCUCUCAGGCCAGCCCAUUAACUUGAAAUACACCUCUGGAGGGAUUGAUGGAUUCCUUGUCUAUGACACCAUUCGGAUCGGGAAACUCAUUGACCUGGGCCAGGCAUUUGGUCUGAGCCAGAAACUGAUUGGGUUCACAAAUUGCGUUUUUGAUGGCGUCCUGGGCCUGGGCUUCCCCAGCCUCUCACAGGCAGGGAUCACCCCCGUGUUCGACAACCUGAAGACACAAGGCAUGAUUCCUCAGCCUAUCUUUGCCUUCUACCUGAGCAAUGGGAAGCAGAAUGGCAGCAUGGUGAUGUUUGGUGGGGUGGACCACAGUUACCACAAAGGAGAGCUCAAGUGGAUACCAGUGUCCCGGACACAUUUCUGGCAGAUAACCAUGAACCGCAUCACCAUGAAUGGGAUAACUGUUGGUUGUUUCAUCGGCUGCCAGGGCAUUUUGGAUACCGGAGGUUCAAUGCUGCUUGGACCACUGGAACUGGUCAACACCAUCCAGAAGCUCAUCAGCGCCAGGCGUAUUGGUCUAGAGUAUGUGGUUCCGUGUAACAUCAUCAGGCAACUGCCUAGUAUCAUCUUCACCAUCAAUGGCAAUGACUACCCAGUGCCUGCUGAAGCCUACAUCUGGAAGAGUUCUCAAGGUAUAUGUUUCAGCACUUUUGGUGGGAGAACACAGAUCUGGAGACAGACGGAGACCUGGAUCCUGGGUGACGUCUUCCUGAGGCUGUAUUUCUCAGUUUAUGAUCGGGGAAGCAACAGGAUUGGCCUGGCUCCCGCAGUGUAA